CUGUGCAACGGGGAUUUUAACUAAAAUCAGUCUCCAGGACCCUGCACCCCCAACUCCACUCCUCCCGCCCUCCAAGCCCCGGUAAGGGGAGGAGCCGAAAACUGGAAAGAGAAAACGGUCCCCGGCUGUCGACUGAGGGUCUCCGCGCAGGGAUGGAGCUGAGAGCGCUGCAGUGGCUCUGGCUGCUCUGCGGCGGCUGUUGCUGCUUCGGCCGCGGCGCAGGCCCCGGCUCCACGUUUCCCCGGACCCGGCCUCGGAGCCGCGAGCGAGAGGCAGCCGCCUUCCGGGAAAGCCUUAAACGACAUCAACACUUGAAUUCUUUAUUUCCAUAUGAAAACUCCACUGCCUUCUAUGGAAUAAAUCAGUUUUCUUACUUGUUUCCUGAAGAGUUUAAAGCUAUCUAUUUAAGAAGCAGUUCUUUCAGAUUUCCCAGAUACACAGCAGAAGUACAAAUUCCAAUACCCAACAUAUCGUUGCCAUUAAGAUUUGACUGGAGAGACAAACAUGUUGUAACUCAAGUGAGAAACCAGCAGAUGUGUGGAGGAUGCUGGGCCUUCAGUGUAGUAGGGGCAGUGGAAUCUGCAUGUGCAAUAAAAGGGGAAGCUUUGGAAGAUCUAAGUGUACAGCAGGUCAUCGACUGUUCAUACAAUAAUUACGGCUGCAAUGGAGGCUCUACUGUCAAUGCUUUGAACUGGUUAACUAAGAUGCAAGUAAAACUGGUGAGAGAUUCAGAAUACCCAUUUAAAGCACAAAAUGGCUUGUGCCAUUAUUUUUCUGGUUCACAUUCUGGAUUUUCAAUCAAAGGUUAUUCUGCAUAUGACUUCAGUGACCAAGAAGACGAAAUGGCAAAAGCACUUCUUAUGUUUGGCCCUUUGGUGGUUAUAGUAGAUGCAGUGAGCUGGCAAGAUUAUCUGGGAGGAAUAAUACAGCAUCACUGCUCUAGUGGAGAAGCAAAUCAUGCAGUUAUCAUAACCGGGUUUGAUAAAACAGGAAGUAUUCCAUAUUGGAUAGUGCGGAACUCCUGGGGGAGUUCAUGGGGAGUAGAUGGCUAUGCCCAUGUUAAAAUGGGAGCUAAUAUUUGUGGUAUUGCAGAUACUGUUUCUGCUGUAUUUGUGUGAUAUGUAGGUUGGAUCAAGAAACAGCUACAAAAAUGAAGCUUUUCAUAAUGAUAUGGAAUAUAUGCAUUAUUCAUCUUUAGGCUUCAGCAACCACCCACAGAAGAUUCUAGAACCUAGUAGUUGGGAUAGGAGACUGGGAAAACUGAGCAGAGUACUUUAAAUACUUAGCUGUGUAGUGUUCCCUCUUAUAGAGAGUCGGACACCCAAAGUCAGUUGGAGGAACAUCGGCACUGUUUCCUGGGGGGGGGGGGAUCUGUGAAACAUCUUACGUUCUUCCAACUUGAAAAGUCUAUUAUUUGUUCUUGUUUAUUUGUUUGUUGUUUUCAUUUAUUUUUAAUGAGAUGCUUCUGGUAGGAUCAAAGAAGCAAUAAGAAUUUCUUUUCCUUCUUGGCAUUGUAAUCUCCAGCAUCAGUUUACUUCUGUAUUCAGGAAGAGGCAACUCGGAGUUUUGUGUGCCUGUCACAAUUAUAUUAGCAGUUCUCAGAGAUGGAGUAUCUUAAGGAGUUUGAAAUACCACUUGCUUUACCUCAAAUAAAUGUUGCUAACCUCUUGAAGUAUAGAGAGAUUAUGUGGAAAGAAAUAUAAAGGCAAAAUGAAUUCUUUAGAGAAACAAAUUGAUUGAAAUUAAGUUACCACUAUGGGGACUAUAUAAUGAGAAACUUUACUGCACUACCUGAAAAACAACAAACAACAUUGUGUGGAAAUUUCCACUAAUGAUAGCGUAAUCAUAGAUUUAAUUUCUCACUUGAUUCUCCCUCUUUUGGGGAAUAAUAAUAUGUGUUCCCACUGUUCCUUCUCUUUCUCUUUACUGCAUAAUCUCUAAAUUUUCCUAGCAGUUUGGUUUUUAUGGUUGAAGAAUUAAAUCUCCUUGCUUACUUUCCGUUUCAAUUUUCUAACCGUUUAUUUGGCCCCCUUUUCCUACAAGCCUCUUAUCAACACCAGGAUCUCACCUUUCUCUUCCUCUCAUCAGUCUUAGAGUCCACUCCUUUCAAAAUCCAAUCUCUUAACCUCAGUUAACAUGUGAAACCUGAAGUUCUGCUCAGUUUUCCCAGUCUCCCAUCCCAACUGCUUCUUUGUACAGCCUCUGUCUUCCACCUGGCUCCUGGUUCUUAAUGCCUGUGUUCUCUCUUGCCUCAUUAAUUGCAUAAGUGAUUUCCAGCUUCUAUGCCAUGAUCACUGUUCUUGUACAAGUCUGAUUAAUAUAUAUUCUCAGCAGUGAAAAACAGUCUUGUGUACAUAGAAGAGUCACUGCCCUGCUUAUGCCCUGGCCCCAGGAAGCAAGCCACUACACAUGUGACAGUAAGACCUCGAAGAAAAACAGCUGAUCCUUGAUUUAAAUAGAAGUGUGACCAGAUUGAAUGAGUCCAUAUAAAUAAACCAAAUAGAAUACUACGUAUGAAAUAGUUCUUCUCUAAAAUUCAUGGUUGUGUUUUAAUGUAGAGGACCUUAACAAAAAUGAAAGCUUAAACGGAGCAACAAGUACUGAAAAAUUUUGAGGACAUCGUAUUUUUCCUCUCACAUUUGGCCUUUCCUUAUCUGUCUCUUUAUUAGAACAAAAACAAAACAAAACAGAACAAAAAAACACAAAAACAAGUGUUUAUUUUUCUUACACCAACCAGAAGCAAUCUCAGAAGAAUGUGUUCAGAUUUCAGAUGUUCUGGGACGAUAAAUGUUAACAUUUUAAAUAAUACAUAUUUUAGUUUUUCAAGCAUGCUGGAAAGGAACUAUGUCCUGUUGUUCUGGUUCGUGAUGGAUACAUGUGAAUGCUACUCUUGAGUUUUUGUGUCAGUUGCUAACUUUCUCUGUGAUACAAAUGCUUUUGUAAAUACUCUAUCAAAUGCUAAAGGAUUUUUAAAUUUCAAAAUGAGAAAUACCUCUCAGAUGUUCUGUUUUUUACUGAAAUUUAUAAUAAAACAACCUAUACUUAUCCUUGA